AUGGCUGUUGAAGAGGGAAGAUUUCAUUGGAUUAGAAACAAUCAGAAAAAAUUGAGGAGUGAUUUGUACAAUGGGUUGAUGGAUGCCAUUUCAAAGGAUGAUGUUAAUGCACAACAUCUAGAGAAAUCAACGUUGUUCCCUUCGUCUCACACUAGCAGUCCCCGAUAUCAUGUUCAGAAUUAUCAAGAUGCAAUGGCGAUUUUCAGAUGUUAUGGAUAUCCAGAUAUUUUUCUGACGUUCACCAGUAAUCCCAAGUGGCCGAAGAUACAAUAUCUACAGAAUCCUAUUAGACAAUCUGAUCAAGAAAUUAUCUACACUAUUGAGUUCCAAAAGAGAGGCCUCCCACAUGCUCAUAUAUUGGUUUUUCUACAUUCCCAAUAUAAGAAUCCUUUGGUAUCCAAAAUACAUGAAAUAGUUUCUGCUGAAAUUCCAAAUAAGGAAACUGAUGGUGUUGCCUUUUCAGUUGUGGAGAAUCACAUGAUCCACGGUCUUUGCGGUGAUGUUAACAAGAAUUCACCAUGUAUGGAGAGAGGAAGAUGUAAAAAACAUUUUCCGAAGAAAUUUGUCAAUGAAACAUAUGUGGAUGACAACGGAUACCCAAUGUAUAGAAGACGGAAUAAUGGAGCAUUUGUUCAGAAAAAGGUGGUUAGUCCAAGAGACUUGUGGAGAGAAAAUGCAGAAAGCCUAUCUGAAGACAUUCCCUACAUUCUUAAACAGAAAAUGUGGAUGAUAGAAUUGAGAUGCACUGAGGAACAGAUUCACAAUUAUGCAUUGUUCGAGAUUGAUGAGCUCAUGAAAAAGGGAGGAAAAUCCUUGGCCGAUUUCCCUAGAAUGCUAAUUCCUGAUUGUUCCAUUUUUUAG